AUGGCUCCUUUGAAGAGAACCGCGUCUGAAACUAUCGACAAAGAGGAUCAGCUGCACUCCAAAGGAGCUUCCAUACACAAAAAGGCCCUAAUCCAAGCAAUUGAAAAUGGCGAGGAAAUAGACAGUGAAUCCAGUGAAGAAAGCGUUGUCGAGAGAGGGCCAGGGGAUGAAGGUGUUAGUGGAGAGGAGGAAGAUGAGGAAGAAGAGGUAGAGAGCGAGGAUGAGGGAAAGGACGCCGGCAAGAACACUCGCGGUUUGGGAAAAGUAAACGCCCAAGAUGUUCAAGUCGCGAGGGCCACUGCGGAGCUUUUCAAGUCUAACAUCUUCAAGCUGCAGAUUGAUGAACUUUUACAGCAGAUUAAGCUCAAAGAUUCUCACAUAUUGAAAGUCGAGAAGUUUCUACACAAGCUUUAUGACACAAUUCAGAAAGUUCCAGAGUGGGAAGAGACUACUCUUUCAGGCGUAGACGCGUACUUCAAAGGCAAGAUUGUGUCCGUGCCCUUUUCAGAUCCCAAGCCAGCCCCUUCAGUGCAAUACAAAUUUAACUUCAAGACGCCUGAUGUGUCACUCAUUGGAUCUUUUGCCCUCAAGUCCGCGACGUAUGACCCCCAGGGCUCCUCUAUCGAUGUUCUUCUUACAAUGCCCGAGGAGCUUUUGGAGAAAAAGGACUUCUUGAACUUCCGGUGCAUACACAAAAGAAGCGUGUACUUGGCGUACUUCACACAUCAUUUGUCAGUGAUCCUUGGCAAGGAAAAUUUGACGGAGUUUCUGCAGCUGAGUUACGACCUCCUCAACAGAGACCCCCUAUGUCCUAUUCUCAAAAUUCAGUGCAAGCCUGGCGGAUCUUCCGAAUACAACUUUUACAAGACAAAUUUCUCGAUCAACAUUAUAGUGGGCUUCCCUUACAACUUCUUCGAAAUUAAGAAGCUUCUGCCGAACAAAAACUGCAUAAGAGUGCAAGAAGAUAAGGACACUUCAACGCCUCUUUACAACUUUAGCGUGCUUUCGUCCUCGACGCAUGAACACUACUUGAAAUUUCUGUACAAGACAAAAAAGCAAACUGAAGCUUUCAAAGACGCCUGCAUGCUUGGCAAGUUGUGGCUUAAGCAGAGAGGCUUCUCUUCAAAAUCUUCUCAUAGCGGGGGGCUCGGUGGGUUCGGCGGUUUUGAAUUUGCAACCUUGCUGAGCGCUUUGCUAUGCGGUGGUGGCAUCAACGGGAACAAGAUAUUAUUGCAUGGAUUUUCAUCCUACCAACUUUUUAAAGGUGUGAUGAAGUAUCUGGCUACCAUGGAUUUGUGUUCAGAGGGUCACUUGCAGUUUUAUUCCGAUUUAAGUACAGCCACCAACCUGCCAACCUCGAGAUACGUCACUGAGGGAUUUCAGACGCCCACAAUUUUUGACAAAACAACUAAAGUCAACAUUCUGACUAAGAUGUCGGUAACAUCAUACCAAGCGUUACGGCUUUUCGCUUGUGAGACCUUUAGUUUGUUAAAUGAUGUGGUCAAAGAUCAAUUCGCGAAUAUUUUUUUAACCAAUUUAAACAAGUUGCAAGAUAUCAAAUACGACAUGACGUUCGAAUUGGAAAUACCUACACAAUCCUUGUUACUAGAAAAGUUUGGCCCUACCGAAAAGAUUAAAUUCGUUAGCUUUGAAAACUUCCUGGUCAACAAGAUCUCGAAUGUCGCCAACAUCGCACUAGGCGAUAGAAUAAAGAUUCUCGAAGUUGAACUCGUUAACUUCAAAACUUAUUUCUCGAUCAGUAAGAGGAAGCCAAGUAGCCACGCGAGUACUUUGAAUAUUAGAAUUCACAUAAUUGUGAAUCCAAGUGAGUGUGAAAAACUGGUUAUUAAGGGACCAGUGAAUUCUGAGGAGUUUAACUCUGAAGCAAUAAUUUUCAAGAAUUUUUGGGGGAAAAAAGCUUCUCUUCGUCGUUUCAAAGAUGGCUCAAUUACUCACUGUUGCGUAUGGAAUACAUCGUCUUCUGAGCCUGUCAUCUCACAAAUUUUAAGCUACAUUUUCAAAUUGCAUUUAGCAGAGAACGUCAAGGUUUCGGAUAAUAUUUCAAAGCAAUUCCAGGAGCUGAUUCCAUUGCCUAAUUUGCCCGCGAGUACAAGCAUUUCAGUGCUCAACCUUGGGAGCUACUAUAAUAUGAGGAAGUCCUUUGACCUCCUGCACAAAACCAUGUUCAAAUUGGAGCUGCCCCUUUCUAUUAAGUCUAUUUUGCCAGUGGGCCCUGCCUUUAGGUAUACUUCGACUUGCCAGCCUGUCCCUUAUGCCUAUUCCAAUCCCGACUUUUUACAAGAUGUUAUCCUAGAGUUCGAAUCAUCUCAAAAGUGGCCAGAUGAAAUAACAUCUCUCGAAAAGGCCAAGACUGCAUUUUUACUCAAAAUUCAAGAAGGAUUAGUUUUCUCAGACGCGAAGUAUAAAACUUUUUUUGCCAGGGACGAGUCCAUUCCUUACAAUCUUGAGAUUGUAACACUUAAUGUCCUCACUCCAGAGGGGUACGGCUUUAAGUUCAGGGUUUUAACAGAACGUGAUGAGGUUCUGUACUUAAGAGCAAUCAGUAAUGCCAGAAACGAACUUAAACCGGAGCUUGAGAAAGUGUUUUUAAAAUUCACUUCAAAAUACAUUACAUCAAUAAGGCACAAUCGCACUCUGGAGAACCUUGCCCAUAGCUAUCCUUUCUACCCACCUGUAGUCAGGCUUUUCAAGAGAUGGUUGGACUGCCACCUACUGUUCUCACAUAUUCCUGAGGAAUUAGUUGAGUUACUGGCGAUGAAACCGUUUGUCGAGUGCGCGCCGUUUUUGGUUCCAGGAUCUGUGGAAAAUGGCUUCUUGAAGGUUCUGAAGUUCCUGAGUCAAUGGAACUGGAGGGAAGAUCCUUUGAUUUUGGAUCUCGCAAAGCCCGACGAACCCGAUGUUGGUAACGACAUGAAUUUUUCUAACGGCAUCGAACUUGAUUCAAAGGUUGCUGAUAGCCUCAGAGACAAUUUUACUAUUCCUCAAAUGAAAGGCAUUCAGAGCAACUUUGCAUCUCUGAGAAAGAGCGAUCCUCAGGGAAUGAACGUACAGUUUUUCGUUGCGUCUAAGAAUGACCCUAGCGGAAUUUUGUACACGAGAAACAUCCCUCUCCCUAUCGCAACCAGACUAACGGCUCUCGCCAAGGUGGCCAUAAAUCUCAUCCGGACUCAUGGCCUAAACAAGCAAACCGUGGACUUACUAUUCACUCCCGCUUUAAAGGACUAUGAUUUUGUAGUGGAGCUCAUGAUGCCAACACCUUUGAAGGUGUCAUCAGGUGUCUUGGGUGCUGCAGAAUUCAAAAACUUAGAACAACCACAGAACUCGUUCCCUGCAGAUUUAUCAAACAUGAGCGAAAAAAUGGACCCAUCUUUCCAACUUGUGAAAUAUCUCAAUAUGAAAUACAGAAACAGCAUAAUUUUCUCUAGUCAUCGCUACCCAGGUGUCAAUGGCGGAGAAAAGGGUGACCGGAACGUCAUUACCGGAUUAAUCAAACCUACUUUCAAAUCCCCUCAAAAGUUCAGGGUGAAUAUGGACGCAAAUGUCAGACCUGUAGAUAACGAACAAGUUAUUUUGAACAAGGAAGCUAUUUUCAAUGAGAUCGCAGCUUUUGGGAAAGAACUAAUAACCGAUUUUAGAUUAAACUAG